CCAAACCCCGCUGCGCCAAUAGCUCUUCCCCAGGUCCGAUCCGUUCAGCCGGAGCAUUUUAUUCGCCCACUGAUUUAAACUUUCCAGACUUCUUUUUUGGAUCCGAGUCGUGCCGGUCCUUAGUUUGGUUCUUCAGUGUAUGCGUUAGAACAAUAGACUAGUCAAUGAAGGGGAGGUUUAUUAAGCAGAGCAGAAGAAUAUAGUUAAUGGUUCCUGGAUGAGAAGUGGAAAUGCUACUGGCUGUGGAAGGAGGAGGUUUUUUCUCAUCGUCAGCUUCAGGAUACAGUCAUGGCCUCGCUCUUUUGCUGCUUGGACGGAAAGAAGAAGAGAAGCCUGUCAAGGUAUCACCAUGGAGUCAGUACCGACUAGUCGAUGGGGAAGCUGAGCAUGUUUGUCAUCUGGCUUCCACGAAAAACCAAGCUCCCCGUAAAUGUGCUCCCUUCAUCUGCUUCGGUAGCACUGCUUUGGAGCUCGAAGGGGCGUCUCCUCCGAAACUGAGUUCAAGCAACACUUUGGACUCUUUGGAGGAGCCAUCCCGUUCAACAAAGAAGAAGGUUACCACUAAUGGUUCCAUAACUGGAGAUGAGAGAAAAGGUUGUCUUAAGAGCAACUCAAAAAGGGAUUCGUCAGAGCACUGUAUAGUGGUGAGUGAAGGUGAAGAACCACGUGAGUCACUGGAAGAGGUGCAAACCUUGAAAUCUGGUAUGGAACGGAGAAAAGUUCAAUGGACUGAUACAUGUGGAAAGGAGCUUUUUGAGAUAAGGGAAUUCGAAGCCAGUGAUGGAAGUUUGUCAGAUGAUGAACUGGAAAAUGAGGGUUUCAGGAAAUGUGAGUGUGUGAUUCAGUAGAUUUUUCAUCUGCCAAUUGAAACGAUGGAUAGCUGCAGCUUUUCUGCUAGGAUAUGCUUAUACUGGCAACUUCUCAACAAUCUGGGUGAUACCUGUGGCUUGAAGUUAAACAAGCAAAGGAUGAUCCUAUAUGUCUGCUUUCCUGUUGGCUAGCUUGCACGGUAGGGUUGCAGUUUUGAUGCCCGCUGUAUCAUAUCAAGAUUUGACCCAUUUAUUUAUUUUCGCCUUCUUUUCCUUCCUCUGUGUUCACAUGCUCCAGGUUGUAACAUAUAAGGCUGCUAGUAAGUGUUUUCAGUUCCAGGGAUGUUGAUUCCUGCCAUC